CCAGACUACGCAUCCUCUGUUGCUGGAAACUCGCAACCAUGGGUAAGGAGAAGCUGCAUUUGAACAUUGUGGUCAUUGGUCAUGUCGACUCCGGCAAGUCCACCACCACCGGUCACCUCAUCUACAAGCUGGGUGGCAUUGACAAGCGUGUGAUUGAGAAGUUCGAGAAGGAGGCUGCUGAGAUGAACAAGCGGUCCUUCAAGUACGCCUGGGUGCUUGACAAGCUCAAGGCCGAGCGUGAGCGCGGUAUCACCAUCGAUAUCGCCCUGUGGAAGUUCGAGACGCCCAAGUACUACUGCACUGUCAUCGAUGCCCCAGGCCACCGUGACUUCAUCAAGAACAUGAUCACGGGAACCAGCCAGGCUGACUGCGCUGUGCUCAUCAUCGACUCCACCCCUGGUGGUUUCGAGGCCGGUAUCUCCAAGGACGGGCAGACCCGCGAGCACGCCCUGCUCGCCUACACCCUGGGCGUGAAGCAGAUGAUCGUGGCCCUGAACAAGAUGGACGCCACCGAGCCCAAGUACGACCAGAAGCGGUACGACGAGAUCGUGAAGGAGGUCGGCAACUACAUCAAGAAGGUCGGCUACAACCCGGCGAAGGUCAACUUCGUCCCCAUCUCCGGGUUCCAGGGCGACAACAUGAUUGAGCGCUCCACCAACCUGGGCUGGUACAAGGGCCUCACCCUGCUGGAGGCCCUGGACGCCAUUGACCCCCCCAAGCGUCCCUCCGACAAGCCCCUCCGCCUGCCCCUCCAGGAUGUCUACAAGAUUGGCGGCAUUGGGACUGUACCGGUGGGCCGUGUCGAGACCGGCAUCAUCAAGCCCGGCAUGGUGGUGGUGUUCGCUCCCUCCGGCCUGACCACUGAGGUCAAGUCCGUGGAGAUGCACCACGAGUCUCUGCCCGAGGCUGCCCCAGGUGACAACGUGGGCUUCAACGUGAAGAACGUGUCCGUCAAGGAGCUGAAGCGUGGCUUUGUCGCCUCCGACUCCAAGAACGACCCCGCCAAGGAGGCCACCAACUUCACUGCCCAGGUCAUCAUCAUGAACCACCCCGGCCAGAUCGGCAACGGCUACGCGCCCGUGCUGGACUGUCACACAGCCCACAUUGCCUGCAAGUUCCAGGAGAUCACCACCAAGAUCGACCGCCGUUCCGGAAAGGAGCUGGAGGCCGCUCCCAAGUUCCUGAAGAACGGUGACGCCGCCUACGUCAUCAUGGUGCCCACCAAGCCCAUGUGCGUGGAGCCUUUCACAAUGUACCCUCCCCUGGGCCGCUUUGCCGUGCGUGACAUGCGCCAGACCGUGGCAGUCGGCGUCAUCAAGGCCGUCGAGAAGAAGGACGCCUCUGGCAAGGUCACCAAGGCAGCUGCCAAGAAGAAGUGAACCGCUGAGAGCUGCAUGAAGGUCUGGGCUUGGGGCUGUGCAUCCUCGGCUGGCGAUGCCCGCCCCUGUUGUGCCCAGGCAGCUCCUGCCCAGCGGGAGCUGCUCAGCCCUUGCUGGCAUGCCCUUGUCGCAAGGCAUGCUCAGAACUGGGUGCUGGACUUUAGGUGGCGUGGCUUCACGAAGCUUCUUGUCUAAGCAGGGCCUGCCCUGCGGUGUGCGCAGUCUCCUGUGCAUUCCAGAUCUUCGUUGUAGCAUUGUUACCAACCCUUCACCUCCUCAUAGGAUAGGCUUGAGCCCUGUGUUCUGGCUUUCAUCAAACAUUUUGGAACUCCCAGCGCUGUGCCAUCGGUGUUUGUGACAUCAGGAUGUUUGGUGGGGAUGACAUACUUCUCGUUCCAUACUUUGAAAUCUCAACUUGUUUCCUCUAUAUAGGGACUGCUUUGUGACCCAUCAACAGACAAUGUGUUUCAAUCCUUUGGUUUUGCAAGGGAGCUCAAGUGCAGUCUAUACUUAUGUGGGCGUGUAACCAAGGCAGUUUUAAAUGC